AUGGGCCUAACGUAUAACGUCUACCUAAACUCCAACCGCAUCUACGGUUGCAAGAACUGCAAAACGCACCUAUCGAAUCAUGACGACAUCAUCAGUAGGAACUUCCGUGGUCAGCAUGGCAAGGCAUACCUCUUCGACUCGGUCGUCAACGUCACCCAAGGCGAACCUGGCGAGCGCAACAUGACAACCGGCAGACACAUUGUACGUGACAUCCAGUGCAGGCAAUGCAAAGAGACGGUCGGCUGGAAAUACGACAAGGCAUAUGAGGGUACGGAGAAAUACAAAGAAGGCAAGUACAUUCUUGAGGCGGAGCUGCUCUGCACGGUUACCUGA